UCUCUCUGAAACAUGAGCGUUGAAUCUUACCCUCCUCCGUUUCGCAACCUACUCCAACCUUCACUGAGCCACCCGGUCCGGACCCCCGAUUCGGGUUGUGGUGCCCUCUACUCGGAUCCUAUACCAGUUGUGGAUCUCAGGUGCCUUGAGCUUGGGGACUGCAAGCUUCUUGAGGAGCCUUGCAAGCAAUGGGGAUUAUUUCGUUUGGUGAACCAUGGAGUUCCUCAAAGUCUUCUGCGUCAACUCCAUGACCAUGCCAGAACGCUUUUUUCUCUUAACUUUGAAUCCAAACAGGCCCUUAUUAGAAACCCUCUGUCGUACUUCUGGGGUACCCCUGCCCUUACUCCAACUGGGGCUGCGUUAUCGAUCGAGAAACACAAGAAUAUCAAUUUGGUUGAGGGUCUCAACGUGCCUCUCUGUCAACUGUCUCGAGUUCAAUCUGACGAUCCUAUAAUUGCUUCUUUCUGCAUUGUGCUAGAAGAAUAUGGAAGGCAUCUAGGUCGAAUUGGCAGAACCCUAUAUGAAGGUAUGUCCAAGAACCUGAGUCUUGAUCCAAAUGAAUCCGACACAAAGUUAUCAGAAUCUACUGGUUUAGUACGUGUAUACCGAUACCCACAGUGGGCGUCCAAAUCUAAAAACCAAAACAAAUCUACAUGGGGAAUGGACGUGCACACUGACAGUUCAGUGCUGUCCAUACUGAACCAGGACGAGGUCGAUGGCCUUGAAGUGCUCAAAGACAAUCAGUGGUUCACUGUGAAACCCAUUCCCAACACUCUAGUCGUCAAUCUUGGAGAUAUGAUGCAGGCGAUAAGUGAUGAUAAAUACAAGAGUGUGAAACACAGGGUGAAGGUGAACGAAUACAGAGAACGCAUAUCAAUUUGCUACUUUGUGUUUCCUGACGAAGGCAGUGUGAUUCAAAGCUCAAUCUACAAGCCUUUUACAUACAGUGAUUUUCAAGGACGAGUGCAGCAAGACAUAAAGACUAUUGGCUAUAAGGUUGGCCUUGACAGAUUCAAGCGUAUAAUUCCUUAGUUGUUAUUAACAGAUUCUUUUGGUCCAAGUAACAAUUAUAUUGCGAGUCAAAACGUACUGAUGUAUUAGUUUGCCAAUCAAAUUUAAUUUGUAAGAACUAUUGGCAUGCAAAACUAAUACUACUGAACUUGAAAUUUUAAUGAGCAUUAAUAUAA